AUGCCUAAAAUAUUAAUGUUUAAUUACCUUUUCGUUUUUUUAUUAUUAACUAAUAAUAUCGUGAAAUUUUUUUAUUAUGUGGAGAACAAAAAUUUCAAUGAUAUUUGCUUAUAUAAUUCCAAUUUUAAAAAAGAAUUAAAGAUAAAUAAAACAAUUAAGUUAAAACUUCAAACAAAGAAAUAUUCUUAUAUAGACUUAAAACAAAAAGAAAAAAAAACAUAUAACAAAAUAGAACAUGUAUUUGAUAGAAAUGAUAUUAAAAAAAAUGUAUGUGUAAUUUAUUUCAACAUUAACAAUUUUAAGAAAAAAAUUCAAAAGAAAUUGUAUCUAGCAUGUAAAACAAUUGAAAAUGAAAGUUUUACAUACAAAAAAAUUGCAAGAAAUUAUCCCAUUCUUCGGAUUUUUGAAAAGUUAUCACAAAAAAGGAAUUUAAGAAAAAAUAAAGUAAAAAUAAUAUUAACAAUAAAAAAACAUCUACUUUUAAAAAAAGAAAAUCUCCUCAAAACUCCACGGUUGUUUUUUAUUAAUAUAUGUAUUAAAAAUAAAAAUCAAAAGAAAAGAAAUUCUAAAAAAUAUUUAAAGAAAUACGAAGAAUUAUAUAAAAUAUUUACACCAAACAAUGAUGAGGAAGAUGAACAUAUUUCAAAAGUAGAUAAGCGCAAUAUAUCAAAUAUUAUCAUUAAUGAGUGGUGUUUAUCCAAAAACGAAAAGAAGUAUAAUAUGACUUUAAUGUAUGAUUAUAUAUCAAAUAUGCAUAAUACCGAAUAUCAAGACGCAAAAAGUAUAAAUAAUUUUAUAAAAAAUAAUGAAUUAAUAGAAAAAGAAGAAUGUGAAAAAAAAAGUAAAUCUUAUUUAACAUAUAAAUAUAAAUUUAAAUACAUAAAUCCUAUUGAUAAAAGAAUUAAUUUUUAUGAAUAUGAAUAUUACAUUCCCAAAUUAAUAAAAUAUGAAGAAGAUAUUUCUACUGAAUCUAAAUUUGUUCCUUCUAAUUUUAACUCACCUAAAUGUUAUAAUAAAUCUCCCGUAAACUUCUUGACAACUAGUGGUUUUAGCAGUCGUAAUAUUGAUACUUUUGGUAAAGAUAGAAAUAAAAUAUAUUCAUUUAAUACACCAACGGAUAUUAAAAGAAAUAUUUUUUUUAAUGAUUUGAUGUUAAUAUCAUCUUCUUAUAAUCAGCAUUUUUUUUCCAAUUUAUGCUUUUUGUUAAAUUUACACACAUUUCAAAUUUUAAUACGAGAUAAAACUGCUAUAGAAACAGAUUUUAUAAUUGAUAAAUUUGAUCAAUUAAAAGCAAAAUUAAUGGAAUUGCGCUCUCACGAUUCAAAGAAAGAUAAAAUAUCUAUAAAUUGUGAUAGCACAACAAACAUUGAAAACAAAAAGAUGAACAUUUCUUGUUCUAACUCGGAUUCACUUGAUUUAUCAUUAGAAUCUGAAACAGAAGAUAAUAAAAACAAAUAUAUAAAAAAUGAACAGGAAAUAAAUAAAAAGGAUAAAAAUAUAAUAAAUAAAGAUAUUGAUGAAAUUAAGAAUGAUAGUAAGAAUAGUAAUGACGUAGAAGAAAAAAAUGAAAAUAAUCAAAAAAAGAAUGGAGAAAUUUCUAAUUCUAAUGAUAAAAUUGACGAAGAAAUAGCACGCCAUUUAACAUACAAAAAAAGUUUAUUCGAUGAUAAAAUUCAGGUGUUCAAAAAGAAAUAUGAUCAAAAUAUUUUAGAAGAUAAAGAAUUUAUCAAUUUAUGGAAAUAUGAUGAAAAUGGUGAAAUAGUAGAAAACUUAAAUAGAAUACCUAUACCUAAAAUAUAUUUAAAUAUUGAUGAUCCCAAAUUUUGCAUGUGGAAGAUUUUACAAAAUUCAGGAAAAUGUGCAUUCAGAGAAAUUCCUACACCAAAUAGAAAAUUAGAAGCAUGGAGACAACAAAUAAACCUAAAAUCAUUUUAUAAACAAAAUUUUGAUACUAGUAUAAGCUUAAGGAAUAUUUCAAAAGAAGAACUAACAAAUUUUAAAAUGAAAAUAUUAGAUAAUUUAGAUAAGGAAAAUGAAAAUAUGAAAAAAGGUAAUAAAGAAAGUAAUGAAAGAGAGUGCGAUAAAAAUAAUUUAAGUAUAUUAGAUAUAGGAAAGAUUCCAGAUGAUGCAUAUAUGCAAACCUUACAUAAUGAAGAAUGUGAAAAUCCUAAUAAUGACGAAACAUAUGAUAAAAACGUAAUAGAAGAAAAUUAUGAAACCAACCAUAAAGUGUUGAGAAAUGAUGAAUAUUCCUCACAAAAAGAAAAAAAUUUUAAAAUGAAAUCUCAAAAGAAAUUCAUUAAUUCAAGUAAUGAUAAAGAAAAUCAUACUGAUAAUUAUAAAAAUAAAUAUAAAAAGGCAUUUUAUACUUUGGUUGUAAGAGAUGGAAUAGUUGAUGAAUAUUUAUCUGAUGACAUAAGCAUUUUAAAAAAAUUAAAUAAUGAAUUGAAGGAAUCAGCAAAAAAAAAAACAGAAAAUGAUAAUAAUUUGGAUGAAACUAACAAUAAUGAAAAUAAUAAAAGCAAAAUAUUUGUUGGUAGUUUUUUUAAUGUAAAAGAUGUGGAAGUAGAAUAUUUAAUUAAUAAGGAAUUAUAUUUUAUACCUGAGUAUUCUAAUUGGCAUAAAAAAAAUACACAACCUUUUAUUAGGGGUCAAAUUGGUAAACAGUCAAGAAAAUUUGAUAAUGAUUAUCCAAUUUAUGAUUAUAGAAAAAGUGACUUUGGUAUGGCUAAAUUUUCUUCUUUAAAUUUAGCUUCAAUAAAAGAUUGUGCAGUUAUUUAUUUAGAUAAAGAUAUUGAUUUAAGUGAUAAAUUUAUUCAUGUAAUAUUUAUAGCAACAUCUAAAAAUGAAGAUGAUAAUAUAAAUAAUGAGAAAUCACAAUACAGCGUUUUUGAAAAUACACCAAUUAAUAUAAACAAAGAUAUUAAUAAAAAUCCUGGAAAAACUUACGAGAAAAGUAUUCCUGAAGGAGAAAAUAAAAAUAUUGAUAUUAACAAAAUUAAAGAAAGAAUAGAAAUUAAUGGAACUGAUAUAGAUAUGGGUAGCAGUUUAACUGAAAAUUAUAGUACAGAAGAAAGUGAAAUUGAAAAAAAGAAUCUUGAAAAAGAGAAAAUAAAAUAUACAGAAAAAAAAUUGAAAGAACAUAUGCAUAGCCCAGUAACUAACCCUAGGCUAAUUGUUUACAUAAAAAGAAAUAGCAAAUUAAAUAUUUAUGAAUCACAUAUAUCCUUAAAUAAAAAUAACAGUGGCCUAGUUAAUGCCUUUUCUAGAAUUUGCUUAGAAGAAAAAUCUAAAAUUGAUCAUACUUUAUCUCAAGAAUUAGGUAAAAAUGUAUGGUAUUUUCAUAAUAUUUCAGUAAAAAAUGGACUUAAUGCAAAUUAUAAGUUCGUAGAUGUACUCUUAGGUAGUUUAUCAUCACGUGUCAAUUUGCAAAUAGAAGGAGAGAAGGAAUGCAAACAAGAAAGUUAUGGUUUAGCUCUGUUAGAUGAUAAACAAAAUAUAAGUCAAUAUGAAAUGUUUCAUCAUGAGCAUCCACGUAUGGAUACAAAUCAACUAUUUAAAUUUUUAGUUUCAGAUAAAGCUCAUGCUGUUUGGAGAAGCAGAGGAAGAAUAGAAAAAGAUGCAAUAAAAGCAAAAUUAAAUACCCUAUGUAGAUCUAUUUUAUUGAAUUUUGGAGCAAGUGCUGUAUCAAUUCCCACUCUUGAAAUAAUUCCUAGUGAUAUAGAAUGUGCAAAUCAUGGAGCAACUAUAAGCGAUUUAGAAAAAGAGCCAAUUUUUGUUUUGAUGACAAGAGGAAUAACUGAAAAAUAUGCAAGAGAGAUAAUGAUGAAAUCUUUUGUAAAUGAAAUUCUUAAACAUAUAUCUGACGAAAAUCUGAAAGACAGAGUUUUAGAAAAGCUUUUGAAAAUGUCUCAUAAGUAUAAUAAGAAUUCCUAA